AUGGAUACAAUUGUUCAGGGGGCCCCAGACGAUGGGGCUCAAGAUUUAAGCCUUGUGGACACUGAAUGGACUAGUGUCAGCACGGAUUUAGGCAACAAUAAUGCUGGAGGAUAUGUUUACAUUGCUAUAAAAAUGGACCAACAAACAGGUCUGGCCACUCAGCAAGAAGUUUUUAGUGAUUUUGAUACUCAUGUUAGCCCUUUGGAUCCUAAUAUGAGCUCAGUGGCAAGGUACAGCCCUGUUUACAAUGAACCAACAAAUGACUUUAGUCCUAUUGUGUUUGUAACUCAGGAUAAUGGGAAUCAGGUCCAGCCUGAACUGUGUAAUAUUUUAAACCCACAAUCUCAUUUGGAAACAAUGCCCACGGUUUUGUGCAAUAAUGAUAUUAGAGAAGUUAACAAUCAAUACUUGGAGCUAGUUGGCGAUCCUACGCAAACCAACACAAUUGUAAACGCUUCGGGGGUCGACAAUUUGCAAUUGGUUCCCGAAGGCGAGCAAGCUGUGGAGCUGCUGAUCACCGAUCAGGAAACCGGAAUUUCCUACAGCGUGAGCACGCAGGAACUGUUGGUGGAGCGCUGCCUAGAAGACCCCCAACUCCUGGAGACUCUCGCCCCAGACGAUGCUCUACUGGAUCACGCGGGCAAUUUAACAUUGAAAGACGAAGAUUUGAACGAGGAAAUUUUAAGGGUCAGCCAGGUGGAUGCGACAGUAAACAAUUACAUCAACAGUUUGGCGUUCGGGGAUAUUGUUAAAAAUGAAGAGGAGCUGGGCUAUGUUAAAAUGGAGACCAGAAGAAAUGGGAAAACAGAUUUAGAUGAUGAGGAACAAUUAUUAUCGUGCGUUUACAGCAUUUCCGAUAAACCUAUAUUAUCAAGAGCUAGGGCUUCCCUUCCUGCUUCUUUCUUGGUUAUAAGCAUCAUCAACGAGGAAAAUGCGGUUUUUGCGAAAAAAGUUAUUCCCAAAAGUUCACAAUUCGGGCCAUUGGAAGGCUUGUAUGUCCAUGUUAAAUCAGAUGAGGUUGUCAAAGUUGAUAAUAACAUUUUGCAACUAUUUGUCAAGUUGGAUGAUGGCGUUUAUAAAGUUGAUUUUUCUGAUGAAAAUUCAUCAAAUUGGAUGGGUUUUGUAAGGAAAGCGCAAAAUUUCGAAGAACAAAAUCUUCUCGUAAGCGAGGACAACGGUUCUUUGUACUUUAUUACAACGAAACCUAUUCUGCCGAAGCAAGAACUCAAGGUCGGUUAUUCCAACGCGUACGCCCAACAAUUUAACCUGCCAAUUUUGGAGCCGAAACAGGAAUUUUGGAACUGCUACGAGUGCACGGAGAUAUUCACGAACCACGAGGAUCUGCAAAAGCAUUUGGACGUGCACGAUAACAAAGCCAAAGACGAAAAUGUCGAGCCGAAAAAAUUGAAGAAAAAGAGCAAAAUUAAGAAGCACAAUUCGUCGGCGGUCGAGUGCAAUUUAUGCGGCGACAUACAAUUCAACUACAUCGGCCUCAAAAAGCAUUUAAGCGAAACUCACCAAGUUACGAGUCCUAAGUCGGUUGAGGAAUCUUUUUCAAUUAUAACUAAUUAUGAAUGCGACGUGUGUCAUAUUGGCUUCAAAUCCGAGGCGCUGCUGAAAAUACAUCAGCUGCAGCACGACGCCGAUUCGUCGGAAGAGCAAGCGAAUCACGUGUGUCCGGCCUGCCAACGUAAAUUUCCGACGCAACGACAGUUGGUGAACCACGUGAAGCAGCACGCCCUUCCGCAGGCCGCGGCCAAUCCCGUCACCUACAAGUGCAGCAUUUGCUGCAAACCGUUCUCCACCAAAGAGAGAUUGCAGAAACACAUGAUCGCCCACGCGGCGAACGAAAACAAACCAAUCAAAUGCGACUACUGUCCGAAGCGUUUCCUGAACAACUCCGCACUCUCUUGCCACGUAAAGACCCACUACCACGGCACAAAAAUGUUCGAAUGCCCCAUAUGCAAAGAGAGCUUCGACCACGUGCUGAAGCUGAAGCUGCACGUGCCCCUCCACUGCGAGAACAAUCAGUACACGUGCCCGUACUGCAAGAAAACCUUCAAGCAGUACUCCGUCAUAAGAAAGCACAUCCGGGCUUUUCAUUGCGAUAAAAAGUACAGCUGCACGGAGUGCGACGCGACCUUCAUGAACCAGGACAAACUGAAGCUGCACAAGUUGAAGCACUCGAACCACAGAGAGUUUCUGUGCGCGGGUUGCGGUAAACAGUUCAAGAGAAAGGAUAAACUGACGGAGCACAUAAAAAAGGUGCACAGCGAGGAGAGAGAGAACAGCACGCCGUCGCCCACUGAAGAGGUGAAAAAAGAAACGAAAAAGAAAUCGAAAUGCGAACCUACGGACUUCCACCGGUUUAUUUACAAGUGCCACACUUGCAUGGUGGGUUUCAAGCGGCGCGGCAUGCUGGUCAACCACCUGGCCAAGAGACACCCAGACAUUCCGCCCGACUCCGUUCCCGAACUGAACUUGCCGAUACUGCAGACGACGCGCAUCUACUACUGCCAGUACUGCGAGAAGUUCUACAAGAGCAGCUCGAAACGCAAGGUGCACAUCCUGAAGAACCACCCGGGAGAGGAGUUGCCGAUGUCGAACAGGAAGCAAAACUCGCUGCAAGUUUCCAGCCUGCCCAACCCCACCUACUCGCAGACGGUCGGCAGCAAAACGACGACGCCGCAAAACUGCGAGUGGUGCCACAAGCAGUACGCCAGCAAGGCCAAGUUGCUGCAACACAAGGCCAAAAAACAUCAGGAUAUGCUCGGCAACGAUGGAAGCGACGUCAAAACGGAGGCAACCAAGGAGAAUGUCGAUGUAAAUGACACUCCAGUGGUUACAGAAGAAGAGUUAGUAAACCUUAUAACUAAUACAAUAGAUGGUUACAACAUUGAGGAUGAUUCUCAAUAUUUGUCAAUCAAUGAGAAUUGCGGCAGCUUUAUUGAAAGUGGCGAGUUAGAAACUUCGAGUUUAUACCGAUUGUCGACUACUAGCAAUGGAUUGUUGCCUCCGCGCUGA